AUGGCGUGGAAAUCAUCUGGGGCGUGGAACAAGCCCAUCAUCAAUCUGCCCAAGCCCGCCAAAGAUGACUCGAGCUUCCCUGGCCUCAAGGUCACGAGCCCAGAAGCCGCCGGCACCCCGAAAAUCGAGUAUGAGGAGUUGCAAGAGAACGAGCUCAUGACGUCGGCCCGGCAACGAAGCGCCACGACGGCGACGACGACGACGCCGACGGUGCGCCGGCUCGCGGCCCUGGGGCUCGCGCCCGCGGUCGAGCGGCGCGUGCGGGACAAGAUUGGCGCGUUGACGGGCGACGUCUUCGAGGGCGCGGCGCGCGGCAUGACGGUGCACUUUCAGCCGCUACCCGGCGCGUUCGAGGUGUACGGGCUCGACUUCCUCGUCGAUGCCGCGGGCGACGCCUGGCUGCUCGAGGUCAACGCCUUCCCGGACUUUAAGCAGAGCGGCGACGGCCGGACGGGGCAGGUCGUGGCUGGCUUCUGGCGGGGUGUCGUGCGGACGGCUGUGGCGGGGUUCUUCGGCGUCGAGACCCCCGCCGCCGGCGAGGGUGAGGGCACGAUGGAACUUGUAAGGGAGAUUGAUCUGGGCCGGAGGUGA